AUGGAGAGCUGCGAUUUGGAAGACAAAGUUCCGGACUUUGUGCUGUACAGCAUUAACGUGAUUGCAUUCGUCGUCUGGGGGAUCGGCGUCGCUGCCGUCCAUUUCUUCAAACGCUUCAAGGAUGCCAACGAUGCGGUGACGAUCCACCACAAGAUUCACAAACUGAAUGCGGAGAAGCAGCGAAAGGAAUUCGAGCAGGGGCGACAGACGAACUUCCUGAAGGGAACCCCCGAUGUUGAGGCUCAGAAAAGUUCAGCGCCAGCACCGAGGACACCUGGCGGAAGUAGCCGACAGCUGGCUCCACUCCCCGACGCCCCAUCCUUCCACCAAUCUCUACAAGCCAGCUUCAUCUCGAUGUCGCUGCCGCCCCAAGGAUCCCAACAACUCUCGGUCAUCGUCAGC